GUUGCCGUAAGUUACCAAACAUCUGCCUUGUAUUUAUUUGGCGGUACAGUUUUGAGAGAAGUCCAGCAAAAGUUCACCUUUUUAAAGGAAAUACAGAAACUAUCGACACAUUUUUCGCAAUGGCAUCUUUGCGGCGUGGGAUGGACCAGGCGUACCAGGACCGGAUGCGGACGGAGAACCGGCGCCAGGAGGAGCUGCGGGAGGACCGCAUGAAGAUGCUGUCCCAGGACCGCCUCCUCGCCGCCAACAUGGCGUCCGACGAGCGCGUGGAGAACAAACGCUUCAUCCGCCGGCUUCAGCAGGAACAGACGGAGAGGGAGAUGGAGGAGUCCAUCGCUAAGGCAGAGGAGUCUCGUAAACAGCGAGAGCAGCAGAUGGAGCAGGAAGACCGACUGGCCAGGGAGAUGGAGAGGAUCAAACUGGAGACCAUGAGGGACGAGAAGAUGAGACAACAGAUCAGGGAAAACAGUUUGGAGCUGCGUGAGUUAGAACAGAAGCUGAAGGCUGGAUACCUGAACAAGGAGAGGGCAGCACAGCUGGCAGAGAAAGAAGCCAUCAAGUACGAUAAAAUGUCCAGAGAGGCGGAGAUUGCUCGGCUGAUGAAGGAGGAGUCAGAGCGAGCGUCCAAGCUUGAGAUGGAGCAGGAGGAGGCCAGGUACCUGGAGAAGAUCCGCUACCAGCAGGAGCUGGAGAGACAGCUGGAGGAACAGGAGCAGAAGAAACAGCAGGCUUACGAGGAGUUCCUCAAGGAGAAGCUGAUGAUAGACGAGAUCGUGCGUAAGAUUUACGAGGAGGACCAGCGGGAGAUGGAGAUGAAGCUGGAGAAGCAGCGCGCCACGCAGCGCUUCAUCGAGGAGUUCAAGACCAAACGGGAGGACUGGAAACGGCUGGAACGAGAGAGGAUGGAGGAGGAGAACAGAAGAAUCCUGGAGUUUGCGUCGGUUCAGCAGGCACGGGAAGAACAGCGUAUGGCGGAGAUGAAAGAACGGGAGGAAGCCAAGGCCAAAGUACAGUCUGAGCUUGCGAAGCGGGUUGCGGCAGCGAAGGAGGAGCAGGAUGAGAUGGAGCGUAUCCGGAUGGAACUGGUUCUGGAGGAGCAGGAGGAGGCGGAGAGACAGAAGGAGAUGGACGAGUUUGAGCGCCGCAUCAGACAAAGGCUGGAGCUGCAGAAAACUCACCGUGAACAACUGGAGUACAAGAGACUCCGGCAGGAGGCGGAGAGAGAAGAGGAAGAAGACUUCCGUCAGCAGAUGUUGGCGAAGUUUGCGGAGGACGACAGAAUCGAGCAGAUGAACGCGCAGAAGAGACGCAUGAAGCAGCUGGAGCACAAACGUGCCGUGGAGAAACUUAUUGAAGACAGGAGGAAACAGUUUGCCGAGGACAGGGAGCGUGAGUUGGCAGAGCGUAUGGAAGAGGAGCGGGCGCAGGCCUUCCGCCGACAGAUCAUCGAGGAAGAGCGGCAAAAACUGCUCCGAGAACAUGCAGAGAGGCUGCUGGGAUACCUUCCAAAGGGCGUGCUUAGAGACGAGGGUGACCUCGGCAUGUUUGACGAGAAGUUCAGAAAGGCGUACACCGAGAGACAGAUAGACCCGUACGCGGACAUGUGGGAGUGAGCGCAGUUCAUAGAAUAGCCAGAAUUUCUUGCAUUAGGG